UCCCUCACCGGACAAACGCUCCGCUAUGGGGAGGAGAAGCUCGGCUGUGGGAACAUGGCGCACAUACUCUGGAUUCACUUCCUCCAGGAAAAAGUGAGCAGGAUCUCUCCGUAGCGGACAAGUCCCCCCAUCGUAUCGAUCAAGUCAAAGCGGAUAAACUACAGUACUGCGGUGGAGGCUCGUAUUCUGCUUUUAUUUUCUGGAUGGUGUGUUUUUUCCUGUCCUCACUGGGAUGAACGUUUGUCGCUGCCGGAUUUAGCCGAGAGCAGGAUGGAAAAGAACAGAACGAGGAAAGAAAAGUUCUCUCUGUUUGGUUCUCGCUCCACCAGCAGAACCACCAACCCUCCUCCCUCUUCCUCCUCCUCCUCUUCCUCCCCCCUGAUCCCUUCAGCCCCGUCGGUGAAAAGGGUCGACCGUCCGGCUGCCCCCCCCAGUCCGUCAGGCCUCAGCAAAGCAGAGUUCCUUGAGCGAGUGCGCCGCAGUAACCAGGCCUGCCAGCAGGGGGAGUACGCUCUGGCUGUGCGUCUCUACAGCGAGGCCCUCACCGCCGACCCCCAAAACUGCAUCCUGUACAGCAACCGCUCCGCUGCCUAUCUCCGACUGGGUCAGUACAGCACCGCUCUGGACGACGCUGUCAAAGCACGCCUCAUCAACCCCAAAUGGCCCAAGGCCUACUUUCGUCAGGGGGUUGCCCUGCAGUACCUGGGCCGUCAUGCGGACGCCCUGGCAGCGUUCGCCUCCGGCCUCGCCCAGGACCCCAAGAGUCUCCAGCUGCUGGUCGGCAUGGUGGAGGCCGCCAUGAAGUCGCCCCUCAGAGACUCCCUUGAGCCGACCUACCAGCAGCUGCAGAGGAUGAAGCUGGACAAGAGCCCGUUCGUGGUCGUGUCCGUCAUCGGUCAGGAGCUGCUGACCCACAGCUUCCACGGCGCCUCCGUGGUGGUGCUGGAGGCCGGGCUGAAGAUCGGCACGUGCUCCCUGAAGCUGCGCGGCUCCGUGUUCUCGGCCCUGAGCUCGGCCUACUGGUCUCUGGGCAACGCGGAGAAGAGCGUGGCCUACAUGCAGCAGGACCUGGAGGUGACCAAGACCUUAGGGGACCAGUCGGGGGAAUGCCGCGCUCACGGGAACCUCGGCUCCGCCCUCUUCUCCAAAGGCAGCUACAGAGAAGCGCUGGCCAAUCACAGGAACCAGCUGGUGCUGGCCAUGAAGCUCAAGGACAGGGAGGUACGUUUGAAUGCAGAGAGAGAGCUCAUGUAUAUUCAUACGCAUGUUGUGUAGGUUUGCAGUGCGGCGCCCUUCACCUGCAGUGAUGUCAGAGCACCACACUCAUCCACAGAAUGAAGGAGAACACAGUUAGUAGAGAAGCCCCCGAACCCCGGUUCUUAACGGGAACCGGUUCUUAACGAGUAAAAACAAGGAGUAUCGAUAAAGUCCGGAGUUAACGGUUCUGCUAUCGGUACUUUGGAAGUUCUGGAGUGUGAUGUGUGUGUGU